AUGCCGUUACCACAACCACCGGUGCCACCAGGCAGCAACAUGGAUCAACCGUUCAAGGAAACGAUCUUACAACUGCUUUCCAACCAACAGGCACUAAUGACCCAGUUGGCGGAUCAGAUGGCAAACAUUCAAGGGAAUGUCCAGAACACCAACCAGAAUGAGCUAGUGCUAGAUUCCUUAGCGAGUAAUAUUACCGAGUUUGCUUACGAUCUAGAGAAAGACUGCUCGUUCGAGUCAUGGUUCAGCAGAUAUGCGGAUCUGUUCGAGAAAGACGCUUCCAAACUAGACGACGGCGCGAAGGUACGGCUAUUGCUUCGCAAGCUCAACCCGGCAGCACACGAAAGGUACAGUUCAUUCAUUCUUCCCAAGCUCUCAAAGGAAUUCACCUUCGAGGAGACGAUUGCCAAGUUGAAAACCAUUUUCGGCAGUCCGGUUUCCACUUUUCAUCGCCGAGUCAAUCGAGCAUGUGUGGAUUUCAAGCUGCAGGAGCUAAAAGAGGAUCAGUUUAAGGCACUAAUUUAUGUGUGCGGGUUGAAAUCAGCAAAGGACGCGGACAUCCGGAUGCGCCUGCUGUCAAAAAUCAACGAGACACAGGACAUCACGCUGGAGAAGAUAGUGGAGGAGUGCAUGAUCAAUUUGAAGAAAGACACUUCGCUGAUCGGACGUCAGGUUGCCUCCACUGCUACGACUGUUGCUACGCAAGCUGUUCGAUCCAGUUCUCCCCAUCGUAACCAGCACAAGAAGAAGUUUGGUGGUAACAAAUCCGACACACCGAAGACACCGUGUUGGUCCUGCGGUGGAAUGCAUUUUUCCAGCGAAUGCAGCUUUAAGACACACAAGUGCCGUGAUUGUGGUCGUACCGGCCAUAAAGAGGGGUACUGUUCCUGUUUUACAUUCAAGUCCGGUUCGAAAUCGUCCAAGGGGAAGCAGAAAAACAACAAAUACCACGCAGCCAGGAUUGUAACUGUCAAUAACGUCUCACGAAGUCGGCGCUACGUGGAGACAGCGAUAAACGGAGUUCCAAUAAAAAUGCAGCUGGAUUCGGGCUCAGACAUAACCAUCAUAUCCAGGCAGAACUGGAUCAAUGUCGGGGCACCACGGACGUCCCCGCCGGACUGUCAAGUACAAACAGCUUCCGGGGACAGACUAAGCAUCGAGGCUAUGUUCCGAGCUACCUAUACCAUUGGCGAAACCCACAAGGAAGGCUCAGAUCUAAUGGAUGAGUUUGGGCUCUGGGAUGUACCGUUUUCGUCAUUCUGCAAGCUGGUUGGUAGUCAACAACCAGACCAGCUGGUACUCGAACUAAAGGCCGAAUUCCCCGAUGUGUUCACCAAUCGCAUGGGACUCUGCACUAAAACACAAGUGCAUUUCAACCUUAAGUCAGACGCUCAGCCGGUAUUCAAGCCCAAGCGGCCAGUUUCGUACAACAUGGAGGCCGUAGUUGAUGACGAGUUGAAGCGGCUUGAAGAUUUAGGCAUCAUCACACCAGUGACCUAUGCAGAUUGGGCAGCUCCCAUCGUAGUGGUCCGCAAGCCAGAUCGGUCAGUGCGAAUUUGUGCGGAUUUUUCUACUGGUUUAAAUAGCGCACUUGAAACGAACAGCUAUCCACUUCCACUCCCGGAAGACAUAUUCAAACGAAUGGCGAAUUGUACGAUGUUUAGUCACAUCGAUUUGUCAGAUGCUUAUCUGCAAGUAGAGAUCGAUGAGGAAAGCAGGAAGUUCGCUACCAUUAACACCCACAAGGGGCUGUACCGUUUCAACAGACUUUCUCCCGGUAUAAAAUGUGCACCCGGUGCUUUCCAGCAGAUUAUGGAUGCCAUGCUCAGUGGAAUUCCUUGUACAUCUCCGUACCUCGACGAUAUUCUUGUCGGUGGUCGCACCGCCGAGGAGCACAAGCAGAACCUGUACCGUGUCUUGCAACGUCUACAAGAGUAUGGAUUCACGGUAAAGUUCGACAAGUGCAAAUUCUUCAUGCAUCAAGUAAAGUACUUGGGCCAGCUGUUGGACACCGAAGGCAUUCGUCCGGACCCGGAUAAGGUGAAGGCAAUCGUCAAUAUGCCUCCUCCUCACGACGUUCCCACACUUCGAUCCUACUUGGGUGCGAUAAAUUAUUAUGGGAAGUACAUCCGAGAAAUGCGUACCCUACGUCAACCGCUGGAUGAGUUGCUCAAAGAGGGUACCAGCUACCAGUGGUCCAAUGUCUGUCAACGUUCUUUUGACCGAUUCAAGGAAAUUCUCCAGUCUCCGCUUAUGCUAACGCACUAUAAUCCUCGACUACAAAUAGUUGUAUCAGCAGAUGCAUCGAAUGUGGGCAUUGGUGCUCGCAUUGCACAUCGUUUUCCUGAUGGAUCAGAGAAGGCAAUCUAUCACGCAUCCCGAAGUCUGACGCCAGCGGAGUCCCGCUAUAGCCAGAUCGAGAAGGAAGCCCUGGGUCUGGUAUACGCCGUUACAAAAUUUCACCGAAUGAUCUAUGGGAGACAGUUUGUUCUACAGACCGAUCACAAACCACUCCUAGCGAUUUUUGGAUCAAAGCGUGGGAUUCCUCCGUACACAGCCAACCGUCUUCAAAGGUGGGCCCUCACUAUGCUUCUGUACGACUUCCGCAUCGAAUAUGUUUCCACGGAUCACUUCGGGCAUGCAGACAUCCUUUCUCGUCUAAUCAACUCACACAUCAAACCAGACGAGGACUACAUAAUCGCGUCGCUGGAAGUCGAAAGUGUCAUCUGCAACAUUGUCUGCCACUCUAUCGAAUAUCUUCCCAUCUCUUACAAAACGAUAGCGGACGAUACCUGUGAGGAUCAGACUCUGCAGAAGGUCAUGGAGUUUGUGCAAAAGGGUUGGCCAUCUGAAGUUAAGUCUCUCUCCGGAACACCGGAGGUCCAGCAGUUCUUCGCUCGUAGAGAUUCACUGUACGUCGCUCACAAAGUCCUGAUGUACAGUGACCGGAUUGUAGUCCCGAAGAAAUUGCAGCAGAAGGUACUUCAGCAACUGCACAGAGGGCACCCAGGCAUCGAUCGGAUGCGUUCACUGGCCCGGAAUUUUGUUUAUUGGCCAAACAUUGAUGAUCAAAUCACCGCGCUAGUUCGUGCUUGUCAGGAGUGUGCCUCGGUCGCAAAAGCAGACACCAAGACGAAACUCGAGUCGUGGCCGACGUCUGAAAAACCGUGGCAGAGAGUUCACGCAGAUUUUGCUGGUCCCAUCAACGACACAUACUUUCUACUAGUGGUGGAUUCAUUCUCCAAGUGGCCGGAGAUUAUUCCGACCAAACACAUCACCACCACUGCAACAGUGUCGAGUCUUCGGGAGAUUCGGUAUGCCGGAAGUACUGGUAACCGAUAA